UUUCGUGUCGGUAACAGCACAAUAAAGAAAGUAGAAACACAGAGUGUUAUGGUUUUAUAAGGGAGUCUGACCGCUGCUGAUAUUCUAAGAUAAACUGUGCUGACCUGUGAUAUGUCCAGCCAUGCUGCGCACCCUGACAGUGCCCUUAUGCCAGCAGGCCCAGCUGCUUUUUUGCCUCACCACCAAGUCCUGCUCUUCCAGCCAGAUUGAGAACGGACUGACAGUAAAUGCACUUUACAACCUGUCAGUUGACAUCUCCAAGAUCCGAAAGCUGAAGGGAUGGGUGUUGCGUCAGAGCCCAGCUUAUACCACGGAGACAGCGACUCUGUUGAAGGACAUGGGGGCCAGUGGGCCGGUCAUCGCUCGGGUGUUUGAACUCCACCCAGAGGCUGUCCUCUGCAGACCAGAACAUUUGGAGGCUCAGAAAGAGCUGUGGAUGUCAGUGUGUGCCAGCCAGAGGGAUCUGGUGGGCAUCAUCGAGAAGUUUCCUGCCUCGUUUUUCACCCCGCCCUGCCACCUGGACAGCCAGAGAGCCAACGUCAUGUUUUUCCGAGGACUGGGCCUUAAUAAACGCAUUGUUGCGAAGCUGAUGGCCAGUGCACCGCAGAGCUUCAGCAGACCUGUGGAGCAGAAUGAGGAGAUGAUUCAAACCCUCCAGAAGACGUACAUGGAGCUAGGUGGGAAUGAGACUAGUAUGAAAGUCUGGCUGCAGAAGUUGCUCAGCCAGAACCCGUAUGUGCUCCUGAAGCCUCCGGCAGUUUUAAAGGAUAACCUGAUGUUCCUGCAAGGCCGGGGCUUCACAAGCACUGAGCUCCUCCAGCUACUGUCCAAGCUUAAAGGCUUUGUCACAGAGGUCCAGCCUGAGUCUAUGGACCUCACUUUGGGUUACUCCCAGGACAUGCUGAGCUGCACGGACACUGAACUCAGACAGAUCGUGCUUAAGUGCCCGGCCUUGCUCUACUACUCUGUGCCCAUCUUGGCAGACAGGUUCAACGGACUUCUUAGUGCAGGAAUCAGUGUGCAGCAGAUCAUGGAGACACCAACAGUCCUGGAGCUGACCACACAGAUUGUUCAGUAUCGUAUACAGAAACUGCGCUCUUAUGGUUAUGACAUACGGACAGGCAGUCUGGAGGCCCUCAAUGGCACCAAGAAGGACUUUGAGAUGAGCUAUGGGAAACUGAAACUGAGGCAAGAGAGGCCACUAUUUAACCCUGUAGCCCCUCUUAGGACAGAUGAGUGAGAAUUCUUUUUAAAAAAAGAUACUACCUCCCCCUAGACCAGUGGUCUCCAACCCUUCUCCUGAAGGUCUACGUUAAUUUUCCAACCCAAACCCAACACACCUCAUUUAGGCAAUCAAGGGCUGCAUUCCAUACCAGAAUGCCACAAAUAAGGCUCUAUAUGACUUUACUCGACUUUCCACUACAUGACUUGUAGCAGAUUAUAAACAGACAGGGUAUCUCACACACAUUACAUUACAUACAAUUCUAUUUGGUGCUGAACUGAAACACAAACGCCUCUAAAACAUGUGCCUGGUGCUGAGUAAACACAGAAGCACAACAGCUAGAUUCAACCAUUGUUUGCAAAGAGUCAGCAUGCUUUGUACAAACUCUAGAGAAAACUGGAGCUCAAUAGCACGGCACGUAUUGGUCUCUGCCCGAUGUACAAGACAGAUUUUGGGUUCUUAAAUUUGAAUUAACAUUUCAUCCUUAAAUGAUGCUGCAGUAUGGGGACGUGUAGGGCUAAUACCAAAAUGUAGCUGCUGCAUUAUUUAAGUUGAAUGUAAAAUAAAAAAUAUAAAAAACUGCAUAGUAAGUUCAAGGUCUAGUCUGCACCAUGCCCUCACACUAUACACAUUUUUUUCCUUCAACCAUUGACUCUGACUGCUGAAAUAUCUGCAGUUUAGAACCAAGUGGCACAGUCUCAGCCGAACUGCAAAACCCUGCUAGAAGCAUAGUGAAAAUCACCUAAUGUAACCCUGGCGCAAGGCUAUGUUUAGACUACUAGCCCAAAUAAUUUUUUUCUAGAUUGAUUUUUGAUGUUCUGGACAGACAGAAACCACAUUUAAAUUGCUAUUACAAUCAGAUUUGUACAGAUCUGUCCUGGUCUAGACUUGAUUUCAGCAUGUCUUUUGCAUCACUCACUGAGCAGAACAGAGAUGACCUCAUCAAAUCCAGAUCCAAAUGUGCGCAUCCAAAAAGAGCGCCAAAGGUUACUUGCCACAGCAACCAUACUGAUGUAAUAUGUUUGUAAUGUACAGCCAUACAAACCUUAUCUGAUCACUUGUUAAUAAAAGUGUGGACAGUCAUGCAAACAGAUCUGAUUUAAGAAUUAAAACCUAUUUUUACUGCAGUCUCAACACAGCUUAAAUACAGUGUAAAAAUUGGACCCAUCCAGGGAUGCAGCCGGCUGGGAUCAGGAAUCAGCUGGCUCAAGUAGAGUCAAUUAGAUAGAUGGAAUAGGGGUUGGUGACCACUGCUCUAGAUAUCUCAAGUAAACAUCUUAAGCCUUUAACUUAACUUAAUUCAGCUCUAUUUAUUUUUCUGCAUGCGGUGCUAAAAUACUUGACAGUUUCUUCUUACUGCAUUAUGGGAUAUGUCUUUGUGUUACAUGUAUAACUGUGGGUGUAAAAACACAGCCUUUGAUUUAAUUGUUGCUGUAUAUUUUGACUUUGAUGUCAGUAUUCUUCAUAUUGAAAUGCAGUGUGCCGGUUCUUGCUCAUAGAUUUUAUGUUGCAGUGCCUUCAGCGAUGUUUUGUUAACAAAUUUAUAUAGCUUUCAGAUUGCUCCAUAAUUCUCAUCAUGCCGUGUGAUGUAGACCGAGGCAGGUAUGAGAGAAUAGCUCUGAGACUCUGUUUCAAUAAAUAAGUGCUCAGAAUCAAUAAACACUGUCACCAGCGUGACACGGUGCAGCCAGAAUCUCAUUUGAGACCUUUAGUACUUUUUCUGCCCUCUGGGCUGCUUUAAAGAAAUGUGGUUCUUUUUAGUGAUAGAAUAAAAGCUCUUUUAAAGCUACACAAACAUUGUUAAUCAGACAUGUUUAAUGCUGAUGGAUUUUUCAUUUGAUGCAUUUUAUGAUGAUGUUGAUUCAAAUAUGUCCAUUUAAAUAUGUCCAUAUUUGAAGAUAUCAGAGAAAUUCUGAGCACAUAUCUCUAAUCAGUCAAAUCAUAUGGCAGUCUUUUGAAACAAGAAUCAGCUUUAUGCACCACCUUAAAGCUGCGCCUUACUGUGCCACAAUGUUGUAUGGUUCUAACUGGGCACUGUUAGAUGUUCCUCUGGUGUAUAAUGGUACAAAAUCAGGACAGAUUGUUCUAAAUUCA